AUGGAAGACAAAGUCCUUGGUUUGCAACUAAAUUUUCCGAAGAAGCGAUUGUGUGGUUCUUCAAAAGGAUGGUUAAUAGCUAUGAAUAUGGAUUUGGUCGUAACCCUUAUAAAUCCCUUUUUAUGGAUCAAAGGGCGUAAAAAGAGAGAAGAUUCCCUCAUUGAUCUCCCUCCACUUGCUCGUCUGCCUGAAAGAGAAAUGUCUGUUCAGAUAAACUGUACUUUUGUGAUCAAGGCGACAAUGUCUACAGACCCAAUAUUAGAUGUCGAUAAAUGUAUUGUUCUGGUCAUACAUGAGCACGGUAAAUUGGCUUUCAUUAGACUCAAGGAUAAAGAUACAUCACCAUGGACGUACAUUGAUCAAAGACGCAAUAUCCAAUACCAAGAUGUUGUUCAUGUUGGAGAUAAGUUUUAUGUUGUCGAAGAAUGGGGUAGACUUUCUUCUUUUGAUAUUGCUACUCAGUCCAUCUCCAAUAAACAAUUGGUUGCCGGCGAUUACAUGGAAUUCGAUGAGGUAGUAAAGGCGUAUAUCGUGGUUUUAAAUGAUAACGAAUUGUGGAUGGUUCAAAGGGGUUUUAAAUUUAAGACUGGUCGUGUGACAACGUUAGUCAGGAUAUUUAAAUUGAAUUCUGAUAAGUGUGAGUGGGUUGAGACAAAAACCCUAGGUGAUCUUGCUUUCUUUUUGGGUGAUAACUUUUCCAUAUCUGUUAAGGCUUCCAAUUUUCCAGGAUGUAUGCCAAAUUGCAUAUACUUCAACUACGAUUAUGAUCGUAUCAACAGUUAUCCAAAAAACCGCUUAAGUGAUGAUUAUUGCGUGUAUAAUGUGGAAAGUCGAAGCUUUUCGCAGCCUUAUACCCGAGAGGCUAAGAAACUUUUAGAAAAGACCAUGCAACCUUCAUUUUGGGUCGUGCCUACCUUGCGGUUGUAA